CUGCGCAACCGAUAUCCCGUAUAAGAUAAGCAGUUGUAUUCCAACAGCUUCUCCUCACGCAUGGCCACAGCAGAUCGAGGCCAAGACUGGUUCUAUUAUGCACCCAGCAAAAGGAACGAGCAGCCUCAAAGCGCACCGGCUGCCUCUCAGAUACCAGACUUGAACUGUAUGGAGACAAAGGGAGCCGAUCAGGGUGAUGAAAGGGGAGAGAAACAACCAAAUCGAGGAGUCGUCUAUGACAGUGAUACCAAUUACGUAAAAUUAGCCAAACAAGGUGGACGAAAAGAUUUGUUGGUGUAUCGAGAUCCAGUGACAACAACAAAUAAACCUGUAGGCUAUCCUUGGCCAGACUGGUUCGAUCAUUAUGAAGAUCCAAGAAAUGAAGACAACCAGAAAGAUCGACCACCUGCUGCGAAGCCAGACUGGUCUGUACAUAUUGAGCAUAAACCAACGAAGCAGAAUUCAACUACUGUGUCUGUCCGUGCUCCAUUUCAGUGGCCUGCAAGUCUUCAAGAAGCAAAUCAUUUACCUCCCAUUCGAAAGAAAAAAGUCAAGAGAAGUCCAACUAAGCCACUGGCACCAUCACAUCAUGUUGUAAAGCAGCAAAAACAACAACUCCAGCUUCCUCCUGUACAUAACGGACCGGUUGCAUUCAAUCGGCUUAUCUCCAUGGACUAUCAGAGAGAGUGGUUCAAUGCUCGUGACAAGCAAGAAGACGAACGACAACUACGAGCACGUGCUCAGCAAGCCCACAAGAAGCAGCUAACACUAAAGGCUAUACAAACUAAAAAAAAACCGAUGUACACAGAAGAAGUUGGCAAACAAGAACUGUUUAAAAUAAAACGGUUCACUAAUAUACCCUCCAAGAUAAGCGACAGUCUAUCUCAGCGCAAGACAAACGUGGAUACUUGACACUGUGACUUGUCCAAGAGAGCUCUUAUAUCUUAUCAAACAUACCCUCAGACUUGACUCACGUAAUUA